AUGACAGUCGUUCCCAGAGAAACCAACAAAUACAACACCAGAGAUAGGAUAGAAACCGAGGAAAGACAAAGCACCAGUCUCAGCCUUGACCGCCGCAAGGCAGCAAUCGCGCAAUACGUAACCAUGAGAGGAUUCUCCGCCACCGCCAAUCUACUCGCUAACGCCAAAUCCAAAUUCAAAUUUCUCCCCGCAAAUCUCAGCUCCACUAUUUCCAAUCGUUUUCCUAUCACUACUACGGCGCCGGCGCUUUCCCCCAAUUUGAAGCAGCACGACGACAACAACAACAAAAAUCUUAUGCUUAUGGUGCGAGUACUCAACGAAAAAACCUGCGACUGCAGCGUAAUCUCAACGGAAAACAACUCGUUCCGAGUGGUAGUACCAGAUACGCUUCCCAACUUAUCGUUACUCAGAGCUGAACAUUUCAAUUACGGGUUUAGGUGCGCCGAUUAUAUCGUUCGAGCGUGUUCCAACUACAAAUGGAUGUUGUUGACAUGUCAAAAAGGGCCUGGACCUUCGUACGAGCUUCUUUGGGAUCCUACGACCGACGAGACGAAACCCCUUCCUCUUUCUGCAACCGGGGACUAUAAGGUAGUCAAAUCUCCACCGGGGACUAUAAGGCCUCAACUCCGGCCUGUAUGUUGGGGUUUCGGCGUGGGGUUUGAUCCUCGUCCAUCCGGGGACUAUAAGGUAGUCAGAUCUCAAAAUUUCGACUUUGGAAUCCGCUCUGAGGUGUUGUCCCUCCAAACCGAUUCGUGGAAGGAGAUUCCGUAUCCUUAUGAUCCUGAGUUCCAACCCAUUGAAAAACUUGCUCUUCACAUAAAUGGCUUUUAUUACUGGCUAACUCGUCAUAUUUUUAACAAGAACUUUUACGCUAUUAUUCCGUUUGACUUUGCUAAUGAGGAGUUUCUGCCUGAUCUUAUCCCUAUGCCCGUUAGCGAAAAGCUUGGGUACAAUGUGAGAGUUGUUCUUGCUGAGUUUCACGGGUCGCUCGCGGCUAUUGUUUACGAUUUUAAUAAGCCGUAUACAAAGAAGAAGAAGAAGAAGCCUUGUUUUGAGAUUUGGGUGUGGGGGAAUGACGAUUGGUCCUGUGUGGACGAGUUUGAGGUUCCUACUGACUGUGAUGCUCGACAUGCGAUAAUCGGUCUCUACAAGAAUGAUAAAGUGCUCAUUCAGGACUCCAUUGGUGACCUGCUGCUUUACGAUUGUGAGGACCGCAGCUUGAAAAGUCUCGGCAUCCAUGAUGAAUCAUUUAAAUUGCGGGUUUACCCCUAUGGAAAAACUACGGUGAACAAAGGGGAUAAAUUAGUAAGCCUGCAGAAGAAUUCUCCACAGAAAGAGAAGGAAACUACUGAACUUAAAUAG